UUUUUUUCUGGAAAAACAGUUUUUCAUCGUCCUUUUCCGAGGGAUCAAACACCCACUAAAUUAACAUCAUCGUGCUCAAGCACCAAAUGAAUGGUGGGCUUGUCGAAGAUGGUUGUUAGUUCACGCAUCGCUUCUGAUUGGUCCAUUCACGUGCCAAAAAGUUGCCAUUUUUUUACGUAGUUUUCCUAGGAGAAAGUGGACCAUUUUCUUGGUUUAAAAGUAGAGGCUUGGAUUAAUAUGAGGUUUCUACUGUAAUGAGAAGGUGGUUGGUGAGAUUUUAGUUAAAUAGUGUUAGUAAUUUUUUCGAAUUACCGUACUCGGAAAAGUGUUUUUAGCAAAUGCUCCUGUUCGACAAGUGUUCUUUUUCUAUUUUUUUUUUACUAUCAGAACAUUACUUUGAGUAACUCGGUAAGACAAGCAUUAUUUUGAGUCACUUGUUAAGUACUUCAUCUCUUUAAUUCUCUGCGUCAAUAUUAUUUAAUUCUGCAUGUUUGGGCUUGUUCUAUUGCUACAAACACACCAUUUGGGUAGUGGUAUUUCACUUUGAUUUCUUCUUCCAGAGCCAUCUCUUCCCAUUAGAGACAUGGAAUCAGAUCAGAAAAGAGUGCCUGAACCUUCUAUUUCAAAUGCUAAUAGACAGGGCAAUGACCUUUCUGCCUCGAGACCGCUCUGGAGUCCGAGUCACUUUGCUGCAGAAAGUGUUCCGUAUGUAAGACAGGAUUCGGUCAGUAGGAUAAGUAAGAGCGGUUCUUCGCAACGGAGUUCUGCAAGUCUUUCACGCGAGACGGGUGAUCAGACACUAAGCAAGAUCAGGCUUUCGCACGAAUUGGCCGACGAGAUUCUUGAAGACGUUGAUAGUUCGGUUAUGGCGCAAGUCGGCGACAGCGGAGUUCGUGUAGUUGAAGGGGAGAGCAUAAGAGAGGCCAGUCGCCGCUCUUAUUCGAGAGCACUUAGUCGGAUGAAUUCCAUAGUGGAAAGUGGUAGGUACGCAAGGCAGGAUUCGGUCAGUAGAGUAAGUAAGAGCAGCUCUUUGCAGAAAAGUUUGUCGUGUGGCAGUGAUCAAUUGCUGAAUUCGAUCAGGCUUUCGCACGAGUUGGCAGACCAGCUGCUCGGGGACAUUGAUAGUUCUGUUAUGGCACAAGUUGGCGACCGAGGAGAUCGAAUAGUCGAAGACGAGGAGAUUAAUGAAAAUGGGAGCCUGGAUCUGGAUUAUGCAAAGAGAUCGGAGGACAAAGCUGGCCCCCUCCCAGAUGAUGCUCUGAUAAUAUUGAACGGCACGCGGUCCCGUGAUAGUUACCGUUUGUCGCCUGUGUCUCCGUUGGUAGAAGAUAUUGUAUCUCCUAUCCCAACUGCUCUUACCUUGGGUGCAAUGAAGGACCAUACACAACUUCUACAAAGUGCAUCCAUCAAGGAUAAACCUUACAAGCCACCACGACGAUUGGACUAUUUUGCCUACAUUGUUCACUUGUCCGUCUUUGGAUUUCUCGGGGUACUUACGAGGUACGUACUGCGAAAGUUCUUUGGUCCGAACAUUCUCGCUCUCACAUCUGACGACUCUCCAUUGUACCUUGAUCUUCCAUCCAAUAUACUCGGUUCGUUCCUAAUGGGAUGGUUUGGGAUUGUAUUCAAGGCAGAUAUACGCCAAAUAUCUGAUCAUGUCGUAGUUGGAUUGACAACUGGUUACUUGGGAAGCCUCACCACCUUCAGUGGGUGGAAUCAGGAAAUGCUUGAUUUGGCCUCCAAGGGCCACUGGGUUUACGCGGUGGCUGGAAUAGUAUUAGGGAUGUUUAUUGUCAAUGAAUCCAUAAAUAUAGGGGUCGAAUCAGGCGAGGGACUUCGAAAAUUGUUUCUAAAAUAUUUUGAUGAGGAUUCAGGAGGCAGAAAAUUUUUGAAACAUCUGAGAGUGGACACUGGCGCUAAGCAUGCAGUUGUGAUGACAAUGAUGGUCUUGAUAUUGCUCGCACUGUGGUUUCUAAGUGGAGCAUUGGCCAUAAAAACGGUGCAUGACCUCAAAAGCGGCGCUGUUCUCUGGUUGGGUUGCGUGGUUGCCCCACCAGGCGUGUGGGGCCGUUGGCACUUGGCCAGGCUUAACGGUGAGGGGAUCGGAAAGAGACAACUUCUCAAAUGGCUUCCAAUCGGGACUUUGGCGGCCAACGUUCUUGCAGCUUGCAUUAUGGCAGCACUUUCGACUAUAAGCAAUGCGGUAAAUACAAAGAAAUGCAGAACCGUUACGAGCGGAAUCGAGUUUGGAUUUCUCGGCUGCCUGAGCACUGUUUCUACCUUCGUUGCGGAAGUGUAUGCAAUGAGGCAGAGUAGACAUAGUGGGAGAGCCUUUAUUUAUGCAACAGCGACCAUCCUUCUCUCAUUCGCAAUGGGAACUUUGAUAUAUUCUGUACCAGUAUGGACGAAACACUACAAAUAGCUUAUGCAAUCUCUUGCUAUGCGGGGCACAUGCAGUGUUCCAGGGCAGGCGCACGAUGAUGCACCGUCACGACGAAGCUGAAUCACCGUUGAUUUACUUCGUACCUGAACUGCUGAUUCGUCUCACUGCUUUUUUUUGAGAGAAUGAUUCGUCUCACUGCUUUGAGUGUAAUUCCAUGGGCAAAAGAUGGUUUUUUCGGUGUCAGCUUUGCAGAGAAGCCAAACAUGUUUCUGGUUUUAAUUUACUGAGUUGGAUUUCGGGUAAACAAAUUUUGUCAUGCCGAAACCAGAGUCUAAUGCUGAACUUAAUGACCGUCGGGUUUGUUGUUUAUGAUCCAAACCCAUAAAUCUGGGUUGGAUUUGAAUAAGCAGGGUGGAUUAGUUGGGUCACACCCUCGACAACGGUUUGCUUAGUAAAUACUUUGCUGUUUCUGUCAUUAGUGUAAUUACUUAGUAUUUACUUCCCAGUGGCGAGGGGGGAUUUAGCUUUACUAAGUUUUGAUGUUUGCUCCGUUGCGUUGUAUCUAAGAUGUGCGCAGAAAAACAAUAUAUUUGGAACUAAAAAAUAAAGAUCUGUUUAAUCAGGGAA